AGCAGCAGCAGCAGGCGGGUCGCUGGUACGGAGAGGUUUCUCACCUGUGGAAAAAAGCGCUUAAUUAAAAACAAAAAAGAAGAUUUUUUGUUUGUUUGUUUGUUUUUUCUUUGGAGACUCUCGGAGCGCGUGCCUUCAGGAUGACGGACGCUCUUUUACCAAAUGGCAUCAAAGACGGCGGAGGAGACAACAGUUAUUUCAAAAAGGGCUGCAACCCAUUCGCACAGACCGGACGCAGCAAACUGCAGAACACGCGAGCCAGCCUUAACCAGCAGAUAAUCAAACAGAUGAGGAUGAGGGCUGGAGCUGAGAAUCUGCUCAAGGCUACAUCCAAUAACAAGGUGAAAGAGAUGGUUUUCUUGGAGUUGAGCUAUGUUAACUCCAACCUGCAGCUGCUGAUGAGCCAGCUGGAAGGUCUCAACAGCUCCGUGGAGGUCUACCAGAGCAGCCAAGAAUUGGCCAACAUUCCCCUCAUCGCUUUGGGUCUGAAGGAGACAAAAGAAGUUGACUUCUCUGCUCCAUUCAAGGACUUUAUCUUGGAGCACUACAGUGAAGAUGGGAAGAAUUUUGAAGAUGAAAUUGCUGACUUGAUGGACCUGCGACAGGCAUGCAGAACACCAAGUCGAAGUGAGGCCGGGGUGGAGCUGCUUGCAAAAUACUACAGCCAUCUUCCUCUGAUAGAGAGCCGAUUCUUCCCCCCAACCCGGCAGACUGGCAUCUUUUUCACAUGGUAUGACUCCUUCACAGGAGUGCCACUGUGCCAACAAAACCUGUCACUGGAGAAGGCCAGCAUCCUGUUCAACAUGGCUGCCCUCUACUCUCAGAUCGGUACCCGUGCUAACCGACAGACAGUAGCUGGCCUGGAGGAGGCCGUUUCUUCCUUCCAGAAAGCAGCAGGUGUCCUGAAUCACCUGAAGGAGACUUUCACCCACACUCCAAGCUACGACAUGAGCCCAGCCAUGCUCAGUAUGCUGAUUCGGCUGAUGCUCGCUCAGGCUCAAGAGUGCUUGUUUGAAAAGAUGGCACUGCCUGGGAUCCGAAACCAGUUUUACUCUCUGAUGAAAAUGGCUCAGGAGGCUGCAAAGGUCUCAGAAAUCUACGACCAAGUCCAUCAGUGCAUGAUCCAGACGCCAGUAAAAGACAAUGUCCCGUUUUUCUGGUCCACCAUGUCGCAAAUCAAAGCCAACCACUACCGCUCCAUGGCACACUACUUUGUAGCUUCAGCACUGCUGGACCACCAGUUGGGUCCGAGCGAUGAUGAGGACCAGCAGGAGAAGACCUUGUCACAGGUGUAUGAUUGCCUUCCUGACGGGCACACUCCUCUGGAGAUCUUAAAGAACAAAGAUGAACGUCAGCGCAUUGGUAAAGCUCACAUUCGUCGGGCCAUCUUGGGUCACGAGGAAGCUCUUAGGAUUUAUAAUUUGUGCAAGCAUAUCAACAAGUUGGACGUCCUGCAGGAAAUUUUAAAAGCCAGUCACCAGCGUUCACUCGACAAGUACAGUGAAAAUGAAAAUGAGGAAGAGUUCGCAGAUUAUAUGGCGGCCCCAGACAUCAUCUCUAAAACAGAGCACAAAGCGGAGAUGGAGGUUCCUGGAACGACAAAGGGCCCACUGUCAGUCUUCUCUGCCAAGCAGCGGUGGACUGCCCCACGGACAGUACGGGUCCACUCAGAGGACAGAGACCUGGGCUUCACACUGAAAGGAGACUCACCAGUCCAGGUGGUUUCACUGGACCCCCUCUGUGCAGCUGCUGCUGAUGGUCUCAAAGAGGGUGACUACAUUAUUGCUGUGGGUGACACAGAGUGCAAGUGGAUGGGCGUGAGUGACGUGAUGCGACUUUUGAAGGACGUGGACAAGGAGGGGAUUGAUAUCCAGGUGGUCAGCAUGAUGGAAAGCAACCCCGCCAUGCCUACCAAGAGUGCCACCUUCUGUGGAAACUUGCCUAAGACCUACUCCAUGAUUUGUUUGGCCUAUAAUGACGACGACAAGAACUCCAAGUCUCGCAAAGUAGCCAAGAAGUCGUCGUUCCUCAGCUGGGGUUUAAAGAACAAGAUGAAGAGUGCCAGCACCCUCAGCCUUCCCACAGCAGACAACUCCAGCACUCGGUCCUAGAAUAAACCUUGUCCCACCUUCCCGAGCUCCAGCUCCCACAACAACGAUAGUGCCCUCUACUGAACUAACUGCAACUCUUACUGUCUGUAGAUAUUGUGCAGUGUGCAUACUGAGCCCAGUAUACAGUACUGUGCUGUGCCCAUACUGGACCUGUUUUGUGCAGUAUCAGUGGCCUUUGGUGUUUCCACUGGAAUAUUAAGCAGUAGUGUAUGUAGUAUGUUGCUUUGGAAAGUGGCUGUGCCGAAUACUGUAAAUGGAUCCCCGUGAUGAUACAUGGGUGCAUUCCCUGCACAGUUCUGCAUCUGAAGCAAGCUGUACUGUACUUUAAACAUAACAGACAAGCAUUUAGUGCCAUGCCAGUAUAUGUACAGCACAGUAAAACUGCACUGUGGGAAAAACACACCAGUUAGCAUUGCAGUCUUUUUCUUUCCUUCUGUCUUUCUCUCUGUAUAAAAUAUUAUGUCUGUGUGCAC